GAGCGCGGGCGGCUGGGGAAUGGCUGCUGCCAGGGUGCGGGGGCGCAGCAAGAGUGAGGAGCUGGGGGAGUCUGGCCGCCCGGCCCUGUACUUCUGCGGGAGCAUUCGCGGCGGACGCGAGGACAGGACGCUGUACGAGCGGAUCGUGUCUCGGCUGCGGCGAUUCGGAACAGUGCUCACCGAGCACGUGGCGGCCGCCGAGCUGGGCGCGCGCGGGGAAGAGGCUGCUGGGGGUGACAGGCUCAUCCAUGAGCGGGACCUGGCGUGGCUGCAGCAGGCGGAUGUGGUCGUGGCAGAAGUGACACAGCCAUCCCUGGGUGUAGGCUAUGAGCUGGGCCGGGCUGUGGCCUUCAACAAGCGGAUCCUAUGCCUGUUCCGCCCGCAGUCUGGCCGCGUGCUUUCGGCCAUGAUCCGGGGAGCAGCAGAUGGCUCUCGGUUCCAGGUGUGGGACUAUGAGGAGGGAGAGGUGGAGGCGCUGCUGGAUCGAUACUUCGAGGCUGAUCCUCCAGGGCAGAUGGCUGCCUCCCCUGACCCACCCACUUGACUUAAUCUCACUUUCUUAAAUUCUUCUGUUCUCAGACACUGCUCUAAGUACCAUUCCUUCCUCUUAGCCCCAGGAGCAAAUUAAAAGGUACAGUUAAAAUCCUAACUUUCUGUCUGA